AUUGAGUAUGAGAAAUGCCCCUCCCCCCCCCUCAUUUUUGGAGGUUCUUACUUUAAUAUAAUAAGGGCAAUUAUAUUUGCAAUUGUUCUUUUGACGUUGACAAUUAGUGUCCCAACUUGUUUUUCGAGGGGAAAGUUUUUAAUAAAACUGGUAGUGAUUUUUUUGGUGACCUUGGGUGUUCAUGUUGGCAAAGGAGUAGACACUUUCAAAAGUUUUAAUAUUUAUUUUGAUUUCUAG